AUGGGAGAACCAUCUAUGCUGUCAGAUAACGAGACGGAACAAGCUCUGUCAAAUCUGAGUGAGGUGUUGGCUCAAUUAGAGGAUCGGCCAGACAACAUACUUCUCAUCCGUAGGCAGAUCCUGCUCAUGCACAAAUUGGGCAUGACAAGUGAGGUCAUUGAUGCAUACUCGAAGAUGUCUUCUCUCAUCAUGCUUGACGAAGUGACCUGGCUUGCAUACCUCGACUUGUGUAAGGUAACGAUGGUCCAACCUAUUACCCUUGAUUCUUUGGUCGAAAUGUUAGAGAAGUUUGACCACGCGGAGAACGACUAUUUCUGUCUAAUGCCAUUGAACGGCUUCACAUCAUGUUCAAUGAUCGCAUGGGAACGCCACACAUGGACGUCCAGUGCUUACUCAACAUUCUGCUCAAGUCAUUCUCCAGAAGAGUAUGAAAGCAGAAUGAUUUAUGUGACCGAAAUUGCUGGAGUGUCCAAACAAAAACUGUCAGAGAAGAGGUAUGGGAAGACAAGGGCAGAUUUCGAGGAACGAUAUAUUUCUUCGAACGAUUUGGCAACACAAAUUCAAGUAUUAAUCGAAUACGCUGGGUGGGAAUCGGACUCCCGCGCCAGAGCGAGUGGGAGAGGAACUGGCCCAAAAGCGGAUCAUGCCCUCACCCAGGUCGCAUAUGAGCGAGCGGUGGCCAAAUACGCCUCAGCCACUGCUUUCUCUCAAAGUGGCUUCGAGGCAGCGGAGGAGUGUCUCCGAAAUCGACCCAAAGAUUCUGUGAGAGGAAAAGGCAAGCAGAAGCAACGGGAUGAACAGAUCGAAGACGAUCAACUUGAUGAACAGAUUCGCAUGGCAGAUGAAGCUAUUCGAGCAUAUAAGGAUGCCGAGGCGGGUGUCUGGGUUAAAUAUGGGGAUUGGGCUAUUGUUGCUGAGCAAGGAACAAAAUGGAUCGCCGAUAGAGCUUCUCACGUCGACUUUCGAGAAAUCUUUGUCUCUUGGCCAAUUAACGAUACCGGAGGGAAGGACUGCGGAUUUAGUCGAUGUGUUCAGAUGUAG